AUGUUCUGGAGAAAUUUGUUGUGGCCGUCUGAUGGCUCCUUCAAAGACACUGAUGAUGAUGGUUUUUUACUCACAGCAGAGCAUGGUGCCCCCUUCUGCAUAAAUCCGGCAGCGUCCUCAGAGCUGGCAAGCCAAUUGGAGCCUAGCCUGGUGUCGAAUGAUGGACGGGUAGCAUUCAAGGAACAAGCGAACAUCAGCUACACCUCCACAAGGAGCAAUGCUAAUGUCAGCUCCAGCACUAACCUUGGGAGAGCUGACAGUAACCAGCUCCAGAUGGUCAUUGGGCGUGGUCCAGAUGGGUUUGGCUUCACCAUCUUCUCGGACUGCCCAGUGCGUGUGCAGGACGUGGACUCAGGAGGCCCCGCCCAUUCUGCCGGCCUGUGUCAUGGCGAUACAGUUCUCCAGCUAAAUGGGGUCUCUGUGGAAACCUGGGGAUGUGGUCAGCUCGCACAUGCCAUCAGGUGCUGCCCCGCCCACAUCUCGCUGGUUGUCUGGAGAGCCCCUGCUGAAACCACUCCCACAUCAUGGCCCCGCCUACCUCUCCAACAGAGCAAAGCAACAAAGGGACAGCAGUCUGGAGCAGAAAACAGGAGGAGAGGUCAGAGGCUGCUGUGGCGGCAGAGUCAAGACAAGGGGGUGGAGCUUAACCCCUCAGUCAGAGAAGAGCCCAUCCUGAGCAGACCUGUGAUGAGCGGGUUUGGAGGGGAGGACUACAUCCUUCUGUCCUCCAUGGAGCAGAGCCUGAGUGCAGGCCGGGCCACCACCAUAGGUCGCUGGUACCACCCCUCUUCCUCCACGCGCCCCUCAUACACUUCUGCCACACUGCCCCCUCAGCUGGCCAAGACUUUGGACUGUUACAGCAACUAUGAGAACUGCACCAUUGUCCAGUCCCACCUUUGUGGCUCCAAUGCGCCCAAAACUCUCAUCUUUCCAAUACAUCUCAAGCCUAUAGAUCUGUGCAGCCCUAACAGAAAUCUCUUAAUGUCUGAAGACUUGAUCCUGCACCAGCCAGAGCUACUGCCUGCCAAGGUGACAGUGAUGAUCUAUACCGAUCUUCUGCUCUUCACUAAAGAGGACGAGAUAGGCCGAUACAACAUCCUACAGAGCCCCGUGUACCUGGACACUGUGUCGUUCAUCGAAGUCAGCUCAAAGCCUCUGCACCUCUUCUUCCUGAGAACGGCUCAUGGCUCCGUCCAGUUUAGCCUGGAAGUGUACAGCCUCCAGCAGAAGCAUCGCCUCAGCAUCUGUCUCCAUGACAACAUGCAUCAUCUGGCUUCCAUGGAGACACAGCACCUCUUGCUCCAUGACAACAGCCCAACUGCCCUGGAAGCCAAACAGUUCAGAGGCUGCCCCUCGGAGCUGCCUGUCCCGCCCCCUGUCCCGCACUUCUCCCUGUGCAGUCCAGUGUGGAAACCCUGGAGCACAGAGCACCAGGGACCGGGCGAAGAGAGACCUCCUGAUGCUGUUGAACCAAUGCCUCUCCUCUCAGAGCCACACAACCCAAAGCCUGUGCUUUCACAAUCAGAGGGCACCUAUGAGGAGCAGCUCAGAAGGACAUCGGACCCCUCAGGCCUGACCCGCUCUCUGUCGGAGGGCUCACUGCUCCGUUCCCCUCACCUCCUUUCCCACAGUCCUGUCCUAACAUGGCCUCUGAGAGCCAGCCUGGCCCCUGAGACCUCUGGGGUGCCUCGGCCCUCUGUGCUCACCCUGAAGAAGCACUUAACUGAAGGAGGCAGUCUGCACAGGGCUCUGGAGCUGCUCUAUGGAUCUAAGGUUCUGGAGGCAGGACCUGGACGACUCAAAAAGCAGAACAAAAAUCUGGUGAGCCUGACCUUUCUCCAGCGAAGGAAAAACAAUGGCUUCUUCAACAGCAACAGUUUGGAGAAGGCCCUGAGGAACAACAGACCGGCCACAGAGCAGGUCCAGAGAUGGUCUGAGUCACUGGAGGCUCUUCUGACCAAUCAGUAUGGCCUGGCGGUCUUCCGGCACUUCCUGCGCUCAGAAUUCAGUGAGGAGAACCUGGACUUCUGGUUGGCUGUGGAGAAGUUUAAGAGAACCUGCCCUCAGAAGAUGGUCUUCAAGGCAACCAGGAUUUACAACGAGUUUAUCUCCUGUAAUGCCACACGACAGGUCAACAUCGACUCCGCAGUCCGAGAGCUGACCAAUCAAAGCCUUUCUCUUCGUAUUAGCCCCUCCGUGUUUCGGCUGGCCCAGGAACAGAUAUACAACCUCAUGUUGACAGACAGCUACCCACGCUUCUUGAAGUCCCACCUUUAUACACAGCUAGCCAAUCAAAACCUACAACAGGGCCAAAAACUGCCAUGACUGCAAACCUGUUACAGAAUGAACAUUCAUUUAUCAAGGGCUGAUCAAAACAAAGCAGUAACCUUUCAGAUCAGAUUUAUUAACAUAUGAAACUGUAUUUAUAUUGUGUAACUUGUUUGUAUUUUUAGUAGUUAUCAAACAUUAAUUUUGUUGCACAGUAUCAGAGCACAAUGUAAUAUGCCUGGGUGUGCACUUUGUGAAGUCUUCAUGUCCAUGUGGUAUUUGUAAAUGUUAUUCGGAUGCUGGAUACCUGGACCUGCCUCUCUCCAGACCCCAGGAGCAGGUUUGGACCCUGUUCACACUCCAGGAGCAGGU